UUCCUGCCCGUUUCAAUGAACCCAGACACAACUACACUGUCAUGAAGGGUCAGAGCAUCACCAUGGAAUGUCAAGCGGUCGGGGACAAGCCCUUGUCCAUCUCCUGGAGUUUCCAAGGGGCUCCCAUCAGCUCUCACAGCAAUGACAGGGCCGACAUAGUGUCCCAGUUAACUCCUCGGGGAAAACUAUCCCAGCUGACCCUGAACCCAACCACCCGGGAUGAUUCGGGUGCCUACACAUGUAAUGCUAAAAAUAAGUUUGGCAGUGCUGUGCUUUUAAACUAUCUGAUUGUGCAUGAACCUCCGGAACCUCCUGGCAAAAUUGAAGUAGUAAACGUGACCAGCCGAGGCAUUUUCAUCACCUGGGUGAGGCCCUUUGAUGGCAACAGUGACAUCGUUGGGUAUACUGUACAGUACAAAAAUAGCACAGAAAUAUGGCAGGGAGUGCUUCCAAACAUCAGCAUAACCGCCUCCCAGCAGCAAGCAUUCUUGCCCAACCUGCUGCCAUCUUUUACCUACCAUAUCAGGGUGCUGGCCAACAACUCUGUCGGCUACAGUGACCCCAGUGAGAUCGUGGAGGCUAAAACAGAGGAAGAAGCUCCAACUGGACCUCCAGACAGAGUCACCGUACAAGCUAUUGGCUCUCAGGCUCUCAAG